AUAACAAUAUCACAGUUAUAUAAACAUGUGGAGCCAUUUAUAACAUUUGGUUAUCUAGUGUUCUCAUUGAAGGAACAGUCGAAUCGCCAUUACUGCAGUGAGUGACAACAGACGUGAAGCAAAAAACCAACAACAUUUCAGAUAAAAUUCUCACCCACUACUCCAAAAUGUGGAAACAGAAAUCCAGGAAAGACACCAAGACCCUAGACGAUGACGUCAACCUGCUCCUGCUGGGCGAAACAGGGGUCGGAAAGUCAACUUUGGUAAACUCCAUUUCGAAUUACUUCAAUUAUUCCAGUUUCAAGAAAGCUCGAAAAGGAAAGAUCGACAUUUUAAUCCCGGUGUGCCUAAACAUUAACGACGAAAGCAAAAUUUUUGGCAAACCAGACGACAACGAACUCCACGAAGAGGGCAAAUCGGCCACUCAGAACGUCAAAGUGUACCUAUUCCCGGUCAAAAUGCAGAACAGAAAGUUCAAUUUGAGGUUGAUCGAUACGCCGGGGGUUGGAGAUCCCAGAGGAAUCGAGCAGGAUAAUGUCCAUCUGGACAACAUUCUUGCGUAUUUAGCCACGUUGAAGAAACUCCACGGGAUUUGUUUUGUUUUGAAGUCGAACCAGACGAGAUUUACUAAGUUCAUAGAGUAUUGUCUGAAGCAGAUAUUGACACGACUGGAUAAAAGCGCCAGUCAGAAUAUCAUUUUCAUUACUACUUAUAGCAAAAUAUCUGGGUACACAGCUGAAAAUACCAAGAAUCAAUGUCUGUUGCCACUGGUUAGAAGCGUAAUGUCAAGACCUCCACAUGUAGAAAUUCCUCUAAGCGAUGAGAACGUUUUUGCUGUGGAGAACGAAGCAUUUAGCGGCUUGUUGGGGAUCCAGGAAGGCCGACAGUACGACAAACACGAAAUGAAAAGUAUGAAGCAUAGUUGGAAAAAGUCGUCGAAGGAAAUUCGACGUUUGUUCAAAUACAUUAUUGGGGGUGCCAAAAAUGCAGCUUUGAAACCCCAUGACGUUGAAAAUACAAUCAGUAUCAACAACGUCAGAUUUCUCGUUGAACAACUCACAACUCCUAUUGCUGAAGUGUCAGGACUUAUACAAGACAAUAUCAGAUUAAUUGACAGACACAGGGAAAAACUGACUCAGAAGGACCAAAGUCUUGAAGAACUGAAAGAACAACUGUACAUACCCUGCAUUAACUUUGAAGUGAAAAAGCUGCCUCAACCUGUAACCGUUUGUAUGAAUUGUGCGGAGGUUGUAAAGGUCAAUGGCGUCACGCAAUUGCACUAUAAACAGAGAUGUCACAAUCCCUGUCAUCUAACUGGAAUUCCCAAAGAAAUGAUCGCCGAUCCGAGAAUCCGUAGUUGUUACGCCAUGGACAAAGACAUAUGCAAGAAGUGUGGAUGUCACUGGAGAGCCCACUUGCACAUCUACAAAGAAACCCAGAAAGUCGAAGUCAAGAAAGAAGACCAAAACGUGAAAAACGCCAUAAAAAACAAAAAAGAUGCCCGCGUUGAAAUAGAGAUAGUGAUGAAAUAUUUAAACACACGGAAGGUAGAACUGGAAGAAGAAAGCAAAACCAUUUCUAAAAUCGUCGCCCAGUUUUCGUACUUCUUGCAGGAACACGCACUGACGCCCUUCAAUGACGCCUACAAGGACUACAUUGAGCAGCUUAUCAAAAAUGAAAAGCAACUAGAAAAAUUCGCUGAUCAGCAAGUCAUCACAGAACUCGAGAAACUCCUCAGUCGCCACCAACACAUGCAAGAAGCCUUCCAAGAAAGCGAGAAAAAAUUCCAAACGGGAGCUGUAAUCAAAAAUCUGACUCCUGAAGGAAUCCAGAAGAGUAUCUCAAAGCUCUAUAAUUUGAAACACAUGGGGCCAACCAUACAAGAACUGAUACACAAAUCGGUCAGUUGUCGCAACAAAGAAACCCGGGAAAAUUUCACUGUCGUCGUGGGGCAAAAAAUCAACUUGGACAAGGAAACGGUCGAAGAAGAACAACACCAAAAGGUGGAAUACAGCAGAGAUGACUAUGACCUAAACAGAACCAGUGGCAGCGAUUACGACGAACCUAGAGCCAGAGAGUUGAGAACAUCCAGAAACAAUCAUCACUCAGGACGAACAUCUCCGGAGAGACGCAGACAUUUGGGCCAACAUUCUAGGGAUGCAGAUGGUCAUGGUGCUGUAAAACAGCGUAGAAGUGAGUCUGGCGCAAAAGCAUCUUCAUCCAAACGUGACAAAAAUCUUCCCAAAAGUAAUCCUUCUCGUCUAUCACGUAAUGUAGAAGAAGACCACCAUAGAAAAUCUGAGAAAAAACCACAUAGAGAACACCUUAAAGUGGACCCGUCACCUAGACGCCGUCGCCGUGAUAGCGACUAUGAUUCCAAUGACCGAGAUUUAAAACAAGCAUCCAGAAAAGUUGACUUUGAAUCUGAUACCGAAAGUGAUGAUUCAUAUGAUAAUCAAUCCGAUGGGUCACUUGGGAGCGAAAACAGUGUCGAAUCACCUAAGCAAACUCGCCGAUCACGUAGUGUAGAAGAAGACCACCAUAGAAAAUCUGAGAAAAAAUCACACAGAGAACACCAUAAAGUGGACCCGUCACCUAGACGCCGUCGCCUUGAUAGCGACUAUGAUUCCGAUGACCGAGAUUUAAGACAAUCAUCCAGAAAAGCUGACUUUAAAUCUGACACCGAAAGUGACGAUUCACAUGAUAAUCAAUCCGAUGGAUCACUUGGAAGCGAAAACAGUGUCGAUUCAUCUAAGCAAACAGGAUCUAAAUCUUAUAAAAUCAAUGAUUCAGAUGAUGAUCGUCCUAAGAAGACAAAUCGUGCCAAAAAUAACUCCUCUCGUCAAGCAAGAGAUGUAGAAUACGACGACACAACAACUGGGACAAAAUCGAGAAACAAAACAAACAAAAAGUUGGAAGACUCAUCUAGGCAGCGUCGCCAUAGAAGCGAUAGCUAUGAUUCAGACGAUCAUGACCACAGAAAAUCGUCUCGAAAGGGUCAUACUACUAAAAGUAAAGAUAAAUCGAGUUCUGCAAAGCACCACUCAGAUGAUGACCAUUCGACCAAAAACCCUGUCAAGCAAUCCAAGAACCCAAAAAAGUCUAAAUCUGCUAAUAAAAACCAUGAUUCAGAUGCUGACCGUCCCACCCAGUCUGCCAAAACUGGACGCAAUGUACCCAAAGCAGAUUCCGAAACUCGCGAUUAUAAAUCUUCUACAAGAUCUUCCAGAAGCAAACAUGCUAAACCCGCAGAUUCUAAAACCCCAACAAAAUCUAGUCCAGUUGAUAAAUCUAACGAACGGGAUACAUAUGAUACUAAACCCUCCAGAAAAGAUCGCGGUACCAAAGAGAGAGAGUUCGAAAGUCAGAAGAACCCUAAGUCUGAGGAAAAAUUGUCUGAUUCUAGUAGCAGCGAUGAACUGCUGGAUACCAAGCCUGAAAAGCAGAACGAAUCGAAAUUUGGUUCAUCGCAGAAUGCGAAAAGAUACGAAGUGUCUUCUACAAGCACUUCGUCUGAUAGUUCUUCUUCAUCUGAGAUCUAUACAGUUGAAGCAAAAAAUUCAGAAAGCAGCGAAAGUGAUUCCGAAUCCUAUGAAGGUACCGAAAGUGGAAGUGAUUUUGAAAACGUUCUGUAUUGAGAUUUUGGAUCGUAAACUUAAAAAUUCAUUACUACUGUUGCAUAGACCAUGUAAAUAUUAUUUUUUCCAAAUUGUAUUAAAUAUUUGAAGUAUAUAGGUAUAUAUAAACACUGUUGUCUACGAA